AUGCACCGGAGUUCGGCAGCGAAUAGCCGACGCACUGGCAAGGACAUCUUGAAUACCCUGAGCACCUUCCGUUGCACAGAAGUCGCGACUUCUCUGAUCAACAAGAGUAGAGGAACUCGAUCCCCCGACAAUCACAUCACAUUAGUCUUUUCAGCCUUUUUACAGCAGUGGAUCUUGAGAAGGAACACCGUCACAGUUAUCACUUUGGUUUCUGAACAAAAGAUUGAAGAUCUCCCUAUACAAAUAACAUACGAGCGGCGUCAUUCAGAUUCUAUCAUCUGUUCACGUCCCGUUCACGAAAAUCAGGCAUAUGCCUUUUCAGGCGCCGUCUAUGCACCGGCACAGAAUGCAGUGAUGGAGUCGAUGAACUGCAGCUAUGAGGUCGCCAUGCUCCCGCUCGCCCUAUAUAAUCUGGGACUGGCAUUUGGGCCGAUUGUUGGGGCACCCCUUUCGGAAACCUAUGGUCGCAAAGCCGUCUACCUUGUGACUACCCCUAUUUUCAUGGUGUCAAUGAUAGGUGGUACCUUGUGCAACACUAUAUCGGGCCUGAUCCUGUGUCGUUUUCUGGCCGCUGUCUUUGGGUCAUCGAAUAUCAGCAAUGCCUCGGCGACCAUUCUGGACUAUACGAGUGACAACGAACGUGGCACCGUCCUCGCCAUAUAUUAUGCAGUCCCAACUGUUGCGGCGGCGCUGGCCCCUCUUGUUGGAGGGUUUAUCUUGAUCCGUAUCGGAGAGUGGAGGUGGACACAAUGGGUACCGGUGAUUCUUGCGGCAGCUUUCUAUUGCCUGUUGAUCUUCACCAAGGAGACCUACAAAGCGGUUAUCUUACGACGGCGGGCGAUGCAACUGGGCUUGAUGGGCACACGCCGUGGGACGACGAUUGGGGGUAGUCUCCGACAUCUCUUUAUCGUUCUAUUCCAGCGGCCUAUUCAUAUGCUCCUAACCGAACCGAUCGUGACAUGCAUCAGCCUCUAUAACGGGUUUCUCUUUGGUUUGUUGUAUGCAUUCGUGAUUUCCAUUCCUUGGGUUUUUCAAAAGUAUUAUGGGUUUGGUCCGCAGGCCCAGGCGCUUUCAUAUCUAGGUGUGACUGUGGGCAACAUUGCUGCCUGUAUACCCCAUGCUCUAAUAGACAAGUACUUCUUCCUGCCGCGGCUGCAGUCGUGGAAAGAAGUCCACGAGCCAAGCCUCAGAAUGCCUCCAGAGGCCCGUCUUGUAUCAGCGUUGGGCGGCGGCUUGCUCCUUCCACCGUCAUUGCUCAUCCUCAGUUGGACUGCCAACUUCCAGGUCCACUGGAUUGUACCCAUCAUAUUCCAAGGUUUCUCGAUGUUUUCGUGCUUGCUGGUGUAUUCGGGGACAAACCUCUUCAUGCUGGAUACUUACGGACCGCUGUAUGGUGCAUCCGCCUCAGGGGCAAUGAUGUUCAGUAGAUACAUCCUCAGCUGUGCGUUUCCACUGUUCACUCUCCAGAUGUUUGAUGGCCUUGGUGUUGGCUGGGCAACCACUCUGUUGGCUGCUUUAUCGCUUCUGAUGGCUCCCAUUCCUUGGAUCUUCUGGAUUUAUGGACCGCGGAUUAGGAAGGCGAGCAGAUAUUCAUUAAGACACAAAAGCGACAUACUCACGGGCCAGUUGGCUGCUUCUAUGCCUAUUGCGAUAAUGUAUGGAUCAUACACUUCACGGUACGUCUGA